AAGAUUGUUGACGUAUCAUAAGUGCUUUAUAUGGAUUUUACGAAAUUAUUUUAGUGAAGUCUAUCAGUGUUACUAAUCAAUAUAGUAUCAGUUACGUGCUGCUGGACAACAGUACUUUACUUGACCCGCUUAUCUACGGGACACUUAAAACUGACAAGGUCUCUUUGAUUUACACUCUUAUUAUUUUACUUUUGUAAAUAGAACAAUUUAGAUGUGGACCUAAAUUGAAGUGACAUAUCUAUAAUAAUUUAAAGUGGUUUAUCGGAGUCAACAGUUAUUUAUUCCUGAAGACAGACCAACGCGGCAUUUUGAAAUAAAAUGCCAUUGAUUAUUUUAUAAAAAUACCCCAGCAUAAAGCCGCUUUUCUCUUCGUUGCUACAUUCGGAGCAUCUCGGUUAUGAACAGAUAGACGUGUGGGUAAUAAAUAGGGAUAAACUAACUUGUAUGUAUCACGGAUUAUACGAACCAAGAGUAGAUUAUCAAUUCUGAGUUUUUCGAAGGAUUUUUUUUUUUUGGAAAAAUAACAUUUGAUUGGAGAUACAUUUUAUAAAGCAUCAAAAUGUUAAAAAGACUUCGUGAGGCUUCUAUAAGCCAGGAAAGUUCAACAUCAAGCGCUCGACAAAUAACAGUGACGUCACCACGAGAGUCGAAAAAUCCAACACCAUUACCACAGCAACAUCCGCAGACGACAAAACCAGUUCUUGGACAAACUGGACGCGGACCGAGUCUGUUGGGUCUUCUUGCUGCGAAACGUUUCACUAGAAAUCUCAGAAACAAAUACCAUCGCUCUGGAAGCUUAUAUGGAUCUUCGCGUCAUUCAACUUCUAUUCAAGUUCAGCGGGAACCGACCUACCGAAUGGAACCGAAAAAUAAAUUCAAUCCCGAGGAAGCCGGAAACGUUAUCAAAUCGAUUAUUGAUCAGAGAAUGAAAGGGUUUAAAUACCACCCUAAAUUUUGCUCCAAUAUGUGUAAACUCCUAAGUGAUGAAAUCAAAGAUGGAAUCAAAAAACUAAAAUAUGACAGAUAUAAAAUUGUUGCCGUUGUGCAUAUCGGCGAGAGAAAAGACCAGAGCACGGUCGUUGCUAGCAGAUGUGCCUGGGACAAGAAGUUGGACAACUUUGCAACAUACACCUUCGAAACACCUUCACUUUUCUGCACAGCCUCCGUUUUUGGAAUUUACAACGAGUAAGAACUAUAAAUGUUAAAUUUGUACGUGCAUGCAAAUGAAAACGGGUUAUCUAUAUGACAAAAAAAAUGCAGGGAAAAUCACCCGAUAAGUAAUCAGUUUGUGCGAAUUCUUUUCAUAAAACAUUAUAUUGUGGGUAAAUGGAGGGACUUUUACAUAUAUUACUGUAUAGGCCUAUUACCUAUAACUUGUAUUUCUCACUGAGAAUCUUCCAUUUUGACUGGCUGUAAAUGUAUAUGAUUGUUUAUGAUUGAAGAAUGAGUAGAUCGGUGAUAAGACUGAAACGGGUAUAUAAUCAGUUGUGAUCUAGUUUAUUGAUGACUAGAUGAUCAAUCAAAAGCAUAGCGAUUAUAUUGUUUUUUUGUUUUUUUAAAUGAACAUUUUAUUCUGUUUGUAGUAUGUAAAUAAGUGUACAUAUAAUUUAUAUGUAAAAUCUUUGUGUUUGAGCAGUUGUCAUUUUUUUACAGAAAUUUGAUUGUUUUCAAUAAAUCUAUAACUGUC